AUGGCUGCCUCUGGCAUGGACAAUGAUUUUCAGCUCUUCUCUCCGCGGCGACAUUCGGGAGGGAACGAAUCUCAUGGAAUGUACUCCCAGCCAACUUCUGACAGCACCAACCAAGAUUGGACUCAAUGGAUGCGAUGGGAUGAGCCUAUGUUUGCCGAAGGCGAAGAAAAGCAGAUCGGCACUUCAAUGGACCUCCCGUUUGUCUCUCCAAAUACGAGCAUGAGCACCCCCAGUCAAAUCCAUCAAAAGGAUUUCUCUCCGCACCUUCCGCUCGGCCUGAUGGAGAUUCCGUCCGACAGCAUCGACGGAAUGAGCCGUAACAAUAGCGUCCAUGGAGCUCAUAUGUCAAAUUUUCAAGGGCACCAGCAACAAUCGGGGCUGGUCUCACCCAUUUCGAGUAUCGGUACCAGCCGGAAACGCAAGACUGGAAGCGAUGACGAUGCCGCCACAACGAUCACCGGUCCUCUUCAGAACGGCAAGAAAAUGCCGGCGAAGAAGCGAGCCCACAACGUCAUCGAGAAGCGCUAUCGAGCCAACUUGAAUGAGAAGAUUGCCGAGCUCCGAGACAGUGUGCCGAGUCUUCGAUCGGCGAAGAAUGCCAACGGCGAUUCCAAUGAGGAGGAAGAUGAUGCCGAAGCGACUCACCCUACCAGCAAAUUGAACAAAGCAUCUAUUUUAUCCAAGGCGACCGAGUAUAUCAAGCAUCUGGAGAUCCGCAAUAAGCGGCUAGAAGAUGAAAAUACUGCUUUGAAGAACCGGCUCCGUCAAGUCGACAAAGCGGCCGACCAAGCUGUUACGUCGAGUGCGUCUGUUUCCUCGCCCAGCAACUACACUGUUUCUAGUGAUUCCAACUCCGGUACAUCCCCAAGCGUGUUCUCCAAUCCCGAAGAGAUCGUGGAGACCAGUUCGCCCACUUCCAACAACCCACCAGAGGGCAUGAUCAAGGUUCCAGAUGCUUUCAAGCGGAUGCGAGCAGAGGCUGCGCAGAGUGGUGGCAUUUACGCACAGUCCUAUAUCAAGUCGACGCCCAGGACUAAUGAUUUAAGCCGAGAGGAAGGCUCUCGCCGACGGUCGAAGAUGCCCAACAAGUACAUGCUUGGAGCCUUGGCUGGCUUGAUGGUUCUCGAGGGCCUGGGAUCAGACAAGUCGGAAACUGAGUCAAAGGGCCUGCUAGCUGUCCCACUGAACUUGUUCAACAGACUUCUAUCGCCAAAUCUGGCACACCUGCAGUACUACACCAAGGGCUUCUGGUACUCUUGGCAUGCAAGGGCGAUUUCGCAUUUCCUCCUCCUUGCCACUCUCGUUGUUGGCAGUGCUUUUAUAGUUUUCGUCUACCUUUUCAAUGCCCAGCCAGUGACACAAAGAACUCCCUCCAAAGCAGUUCUUGAGGGAAAAACAGCGGCUCCAAUGGCGACUGACUUCCGAAGACAAGCAUGGCUAACGAGCAUGCAACGAGUCGGUGUUCCACGCCACAGGUUCUUCCGCGAAUGGUACGUGGUAACGUCGAGAUGUUUCGAAUACGUCUUGCGGUGCCUUAUGGGAUGGAAACUUUACUCCUGGGCAACCGGAAUCACUGAAGAGGACGAAAAGGGUCGUGUCAAGACCUGGGAUAUUGCCAUUGAUGCUCAGCUCACUGGUGGUGAUGCGGAAAUCAGCAAGAGUCGCCUUGUCCUCACCAUAUUUGCCGCUGGUACUCUUCCCGGCAGCCCAAUGCGAAUGAUCUUGAAAGCCCUUCAUGUUCGCAUUCUCCUGUGGCGUGUGGGUGAGCCUGGUUCGUGGACUUUCCACGUUUCCAAUGAUAUUGCCCGCGCACUCGCUAAGUACCAGUGGGCGGUUGCGAGGGAUAUCAAUGAUGCACUCCCCGAAGGUCACCCUGAUCAGCUUCCGAGUCACCUAGCUGCGCUUAUAAAGCUUGAUUGUGAAGAUGUCAUGAUCGACUCUAUCAUCCAACGAGCCGUUAACCUCACUUGGAAUCGUCCUACACAGGAGGGCACUAGUGAUGAUGAGGUGCUUCUUGAUGUUGUGGAAGAAGAUCCUGCUAUUCAAUGCUCCGUUGAUGCCCUGGCUGCUUGGUGGUCCAGUCACCUUCUCCAAACUGCACUGCUCAGGUAUCUAGAAGCCAGUGAAGGAGGUCCUGUGUCGAAGGGUAGCCGUGAUACUUUCAAGGAGAAAAUCCGCAUGGCACUUGAUGUUGCCCCCCGCCUUUCGGCUGCAUACACCCGUGCUCUAGUGAUGAAGGCUGUAUUCUUCGAGCAGGGCCGUAUUCAGAAUGUUGGUGCGGUGCUGGCGGCACUGCCGAAAGACAAGAGAAAGGGUGAACAAGAUCAUGCUGCUAACUUCCUCGAUUCAUCACUCCCUGUGUCCGUUCGGGAUGAAAUAUCAAUUGCCGUUCGCUGCGCUAUGAUUGCCGCCAUUGUCACCACUAGAUCUACAGGAGAAACCGAUCUCCCUGCGUCUUUUACUAUUCACAGGGCUAUCAACUGGUUCAACCAGUUGCCUAUUGAUCCAGUUGAGCUGAGCUUGCUUGGAUUUUCUGCAGUUUACCACCUGUUGCACCUUCUCGCCGCGGAUGUUGAUUACAUUGCGUCGUCUGAAUCGUCCGCUCCAUCCACGGCCGCUUCAGACGCCGCCUCUUCCGCCGAUGACGAGACAGAUGAAAAGCCUCGGCCUCGACGAACGCUGGCUGUUUUGCCGAGGGAUAUCCCAAAUAUUGGGCGAGUCGCAGCCGAGUUGAUUUACUGGGCCAAAAAUGCCUAUAAUCCUGCCUUUUACGGUUUUUCUUCCAAUCUCGUCGAAAUAAUUGUGAAGUCUUGCACCGAUUCAUGUACAAAUGCCGGUAUCAAUCUUGUCGAAUACUUGCUUGCGAUUCCCGAGCCCCUACCAUCUAGGAAGCGCCGGACGCGACGGCGGCGUGGAGCCUUCGACCAGUCUGUCCAAAGUGAUGCUGACCAUGACAUCAUGGACACGGGAUAUAAGAACCCUCUUCGUCGAGAACGAUCAGCAAGCAACGACACGGGAUACGGCAGCUUGAGCCUCGAUGAGGACGUUCAGACCGCACCAAAUGUACCGGAGAAAGUCCGGCAGAUGUCAACCUGA